AGGUUGACAGCUUACUAAAUAAAUUUGGUACUUUGAUAUCCCACUAGCGCAGUGGCAGUGUGUUGGACUGAGAAUCAAAAGAUUGGAGCAACAGAGGUUUGAAUCCCAGAAAGAGCAUUAUGUCUACAUCGACCGAGGCAGAUAGCAUCCCGAUGCUCCCUCCCGAUGAUUCUCCAGGAAGCUCCAUCUCCUCGAGUCUCCAGGAAGAAUACCAGGAGCUGCUGCAGUAUGCUGUAGUCACUCCACAUUAUGAUCCUUCUCAGCUCCCCCACACCCUUGCCGGUGCUGCUCAAUCGUUCCAACCCCAGAGACAGAUCAAAGACCAGCUCAUCUAUCUCCAGUCAAGCGAUGAGAGUAGUUCAGUGAGUGAACCAUCGGCAAAACUUGGAGAGAGCAUGGUUGCGACCCAUGGUUCCCAAAAUGGUGAAGAGCCCCCAACAGAUUCGCAGGAUGAAGGUUCUAGAGAUCAAGAGCUCCGUAGAAGGGACCUUACUGCUCCAGUCAAUGAAUUUAGGAGCCCGGUUAGAUCUUAUCCACCAGAAGAACUUGGAUCCAGUACUCCACCGUCCACGGACCAGUCUACUCUGACCAACCAGUCCAGCAGCCCUGGUUCUCCUGUUAUGGACCAAGACCUGGUCCGAAUGGAGAAGCUACUGGACAACUGGAGCCUUGAGCUCAAAAGGGGUGUUUUGGCUGAGCUGAGUCAAGCUAAGAUGCAGGUGAUAGAGAAAUCUCGGGUGGAUGCACGAUUACACGAGAAAAGGUCGGACAGAGACCUGAGACGGGUGCAGAAUGAGAUUGAGAAUCAGAAGGAGUUGCUUCACACUUUUGAGCAGUCCGUGGAACGCAAGGAUCACAUCAUCUCCAAUCUUACAAGAGCCGUCCAGAAAGAGAAAGAUCGCUUUCAGAUGCUCCGGCGAUUUGAAUCCUGGAAGCUAAGACACAGUGAAGAUAGGAGACAGGUGUUUACAAUGAAACUGGCAAAACGGCACCACGAGAAGCAUUUGAAAUCUAAGGUGUGGUCUGCCUGGCAUAGCAUCAUUGUUGCUAAAUGGAGACAGAGGGUAGAGAAGGCAUGCCAGACCAAGGCUCAAGAAGUCUGUAUGAAGCUCACCAAUGACUACGAGGCAAGGUUGGCUUCUUUGAACGAAGCCCUCGAAGCUGCUCGAGCCGAGGUGACCAAGCUCCAUGGUGAGAGGGAUUACUACGAAGAAUCGAUGAAGAAGGCCUUCAUGAGAGGUGUUUGUGCUCUCAACAUGGAAGCUAUGGCCAUGUUUCACGAUGGGGAGGAAGGCAGCGGACAGCCUCAGCCAUCUUUCCCACCGUCGGCACCCACCCCAGCAGCAGCUGCCCCUGUUCCUACCGCAGCUCCAGCCAGACCAUCACCAUCCGUCAAUACCACUUUGCUGGGAAGAUCUAAACCAAACUCUCAGCCCAUGUCCUCGCAGAGCCAGAGGGGCAGUGUUUCAGCUGUCAAGAAAACGGCCACCUGGAAAUCAUCGGAUAGUAAGACAGUGACUGCCAGAGUAAGCGGAAUGAGCGACUUGAAGACAUCCAGUGGCCUAAACCCGCCUAUGGCUUCGGUGGUGGUUGAACGUCAUCAUCCAAUUACCCAGCAAACCCUUGGUCACGCCACUGCUUCCCGAUAUCCAAUGUCGACAACCCAGAGCUUGCCGAGCCAUCUCAAAGGUGCUGCGUCCAAGAGUGGAAGUAGUAUGCCAUCUAGAAAGCAACCAACAGCAGUGACAGGGGCACCGACCGUUAAAGUAGUUCACUAAUCCGUUUCGGACAUGCCAAAUCCCACGUCUUGGCCAUGAGAGUCAUGCUUAUCCAGACUAUUGCUCGAUCCUCCCCCGAAUUUCUUUCACUUGCCUGUAUCUCAGCCUAUCCUCAUUAUAGGCACUGCCUGGGGAACGUUUCAUGAGAGGACUUGUCGGACGUUUUAUCCGACAAGUCCCAUUUUAUCUGACAGUUACCAUAGCAACAGUGCCUUUCAGCCAAU